UGUUACGUUACCUAGCCGUCAAUGAGGACAUAACUGUUCUGAUCUUCAAAUUUGAAUACAAACAGGAUCAAAAAGUCUAGCUGCACGACUGACAUCAAAACUUAAGAGAGUUGCAGCUGGAUUCAUUGUAUCUGACGUUACAAUGAUGCUGUUUUCUGUUGCCCUCUACUCUCUGUUGGUCCUAUGUACCGCCGCACCAUCCGAGUCGGUUGGACACCCAAGAACGCGACGUCAGACUUGGACGAACUGCGUCGUGAACGGCGUCACGUACAGGAACGGAGAUUAUUUUACCAUGACCCAGACCCCAUGUAUGGGCUAUAGGUGCAUCAGGGGACGUUAUCAAGUGGAAAUCUGGCGGUGUUCACAUCAAGGUUUCUGUCACGCCAUGCAUUCGGAAAUUAUUAUAGGCUGCACCGUACAUCGAUGUCAGAGGGUAGCCAACCGAGUUGAAUUCGUGCCAGCAAGAUACCAGUGUCGGGAUGAAAUUGGUCGGUGCCAUCCGAUAUUUUCACAAAGACAGAUUGGAUGUUCUAUACAAAAAUGCGAACGCCGUGGAAAUAAGAUAGACUUCUACACUGUAAACCAAGAGUGUCGGGAUGAAAGCGGUCGGUGCCAUCCGAUAUUUUCACAAAGACAAGUUGGAUGUUCUAUACAAAAAUGCGAACGUCGUGGAAAUAAGAUCGACUUCUACACUGUAAAACAAGAGUGUCGGGAUGAAAGCGGUCGGUGCCAUCCGAUAUUUUCACAAAGACAAGUUGGAUGUUCUAUACAAAAAUGCGAACGUCGUGGAAAUAAGAUCGACUUCUACACUGUAAAACAAGAGUGUCGGGAUGAAAGUGGUCGGUGCCACCCGAUUAAUUCACAAAGACAAGUUGGAUGUUCUAUACAAAAAUGCGAACGCCGUGGAAAUAAGAUCGACUUCUACACUGUAAAACAAGAGUGUCGGGACAAAAGCGGUCGGUGCCAUGCGAUAAAUUCAUUAAGACAGAUUGGAUGUUCUAUACAAAAAUGCGAACGUCGUGGAAAUAAGAUAGAUUUCUACACUGUAAACCAAGGUGCAAAAAUGUGUCAAGAUGUCAAUGGAGGAUGUCAUUCGCCAGGGCCGGAUAUUUUCCCCUAUCGCUUUCAAGAUGGACGUUACCACAGAUCGUGCAGUUGUGUGGAUAGGGGGGCGCAUGUUACAGUGUUAUGUGUUGACUAAUUGCAUAGCCUGGCAAAUAAACUAUUCAUUCUUCAGUAGUGGAUAUUGGCAAUAAACGUGGUGUGUCACA